CAAACCAAAAUCGGUGGACCCACGAGAUUCAACUCAGUUAAACAUCUCCCACAAGAAAAUGCAGACGUCAAUAUUCUUUACAAUGGCUAUAUAAACCCUAGAUCAGCACAAGGUUCCAUCCAACACAAACACAAACACACAAACAAAAUAACCAUGAAGAAGUUUCACGGAGUCGCCUUGGUUGUUUUUCUAUCAGCUUUAGCGACUACUUGCAAAGCAGAUGAAGAAGGAGCCAUUCACAUAUGGAAACAUCGACGUCGAAGGAGGCAGAGGUCGUGGUCUAAAUGUUUGGGAUGGCUUCACUCACCGAUACCCAGAAAGGAGAACCAGAUCAUGGGAAUGGAGACACUACUUAAAGAUCUAGAGGCGAUAAUCGAAAUGAAUGCUACUGGCUACAGAUUCUCCUUUGCGUGGUCAAGAAUCAUUCCAAAAGCAAAAAGGAGUAGGGGAGUGAACAAAGGAGAUGCCCUCAUUGCAAAGAACAUAACGCCUUUCGUUACCCUCUUUCACUGGGACCUUCCUCAAACACUGCAAGAUGAGCAUGAAGGUUUCUUGAGCCGCGAAGUCAUAGAUGAUUUCAAAGAUUACGCGGAUCUAUGUUUCAAGGAAUUUGGUGGAAAGGUAAAGAACUGGCUCACUAUCAACCAGCUCUACACACUGCCUACGAGAGGCUAUGCAAUCGGGACAGAUGCACCCGGUCGAUGUUCUCAAGCGAUUGAUGAGAGAUGUUACGGCGGAAAUUCUUCAACGGAACCCUAUAUAGUUGCACAUAACCAGCUUCUUGCUCAUGCUGCGGCGGUUGAUCUUUACAGGAAGAAAUAUAAGUUCCAAGGAGAGAAUAUCGGACCUGUGAUGAUAACUAGAUGGUUUCUUCCAUAUGAGUUUAUGGAGUCGCUAACAAAAGAUAGAUACCCAGACGUCAUGAGGAAAAUUGUGGGAAGUCGUCUUCCCAACUUCACAAAAGCAGAAGCCAAACUCGUAAAGGGUUCAUAUGAUUUUCUUGGUCUCAACUAUUACGUCACUCAGUAUGCACAGCCAGCUGCUAACCCAUAUCCUUCGCCAAAUCACACUGCCAUGAUGGACCCAUGCGUAAAGCUCACGUCUGAAAAUUCACGUGGUGAAGUUCCUGGUCCACUGUUCUCUGAAGACAAGGUAAGCGGCAACAGCUAUUACUACCCAAAGGGAAUUUACUACGUAAUGGAUCACUUCAAAACCAGAUACGGUGACCCUUUAAUCUAUAUUACCGAGAACGGAAUAGUAGCCUCGGUUCUGAAACCCGUGAGGAGGCUGUUGCCAAUUCCAAGCGGAUUGAUUAUCUUUGUAGUCAUCUCUGCUUUCUCAGUAAAAGAGAAGAAUGUCAACAUAAAAAGAUACUUUGCAUGGGCUCUUGGAGAUAAUUAUGAAUUCUGUAAAGGCCUUAGCGUCAGAUUCGGACUCAGUUACGUUAAUUGGACAGACGUUACUGAUAGAAACUUAAAAGAUUCUGGCAAAUGGUACCAGAAGUUCAUUAACUUCAUUAACGUUACCACCAAGAACCCUACAAAACAAGAUUUCCUCCGCUCUAGCCUCUCUUCCCAAUACAAGAAGCUCGCAGAUGCAUGAACACUUUAUGCCCAUGAUCAAGCUCAUGUCAUUACUAUUUCUACUUGCUCCACAGAUAACAUAAGGAACUUCGUUGACUGUACUAAAUAGAAUAAUCCCCCCCCCCCCCAACUUAGGGUUGGUAGAACUAUAAACAUGUUUUCAUUAUUAAUCAGAUU